AUGGCGGCCCUUAAGCUUUUUUCGCUCGCCAAUGCGUCUGCGUUCUUGAUGGCGAACGCUGUUCAUCAAACGGCAAAGCAAGCUUCAUUGACAGCGCAGGGAUCAUCCCCAACCUACACUGUAGAACUCGAUGAUGCUAAUUCGUGCCUCGCCGAAAUGAACGCUGCACGCGAAGCCGCUGGUCUCAAACACUUCGUAACGGAUGCCAGUGACGAACAACUAACGUGGCCUCCACUUACAUUGGAGCAAGGAGAAGACCAAAAAAAUCCUGCAUGGGAUCCUGUUUGUAAGGCUCUGAUAGGAGAAGACUCAGCAGAUGUAGGAAAGAGCGUAGUUGAAAAUGGAUUUAAAAGUGGUACAUACGCCUACAUGGCCUUGGAAUCGGAUAAGCCCGACUGCGCCGCCGCAGUGAGCCACUGGAAGGACGCCGUCAACAGCCGCCACUCUUCCCUUUUACUCCUUCACAUAUUCAACUUCGACACUGAAAACAUGGCGGCCCUUAAACUCUUUUCGCUCGCCUCUGCGUCUGCGUUCUUGAUGGCGAACGCUGUCCAUCAAACGGCAAAGCAAAUUUCAUUGACAGCGGAGGGUUCCUCCCCAACCUACACUGUAGAACUCAAGGAUGCUAAUGUGUGCCUCACCGAAAUGAACGCUGCACGCGAAGCCGCUGGACUUGAACACUUCAAAACGGAGACCAGUGAUGGAAAACUAACGUGGCCUUCACUUACAGUGCAGCCAAAACAAGAGGAAAAAAAUCCUGCAUGGGAUCCCGUUUGUAAGGCUCUGAUGGGAGAAGACACAGAACAACUAGAAACCGGCUCAGAUGAAAAUGGAUUUCAAAGUGGCACAUACGCCUUCAUGGCCUUGGAAUCGGCGACGCCCGACUGUGCCGCCGCAGAAGAGUCAGCAGGUGUGGAAAAGAGCGUAGCUGAAAAUGGAUUUAAAAGUGGUACAUACGCCUACAUGGCCUUGGAAUCGGAAACGCCCGACUGUGCCGCCGCAGUGAGCCACUGGAAGGACGCCGUCAGCAAUUUCACUACAAUCCCUCCGGCGAAUAAAGAGGAAACAAAAAUCUACAGCAAGCAGCAGAACAUUUCUUUUGUUGCUCUGUACAACCCUCAAGAGAAUGCCGCUGCUGACUGCCGCGUCGUUACCUGCACUCGAUCGGCAGCUCCUCAAGCCCCAGGAGUAGGCGCCCUAAGCACUGGUGAUUAUGCUCUACUGUGCAUGACCACACCCGAAGCACUUACAGCGGACGCAGAACCCUUCAACGAAGACCAGUGGAAGAAGAUCAAGGCAUCCAUCACAGGUUCUGCCUCUGCUGUUGCUCCGAGUCUGCUUGCCGUCGCUAUUGCGGCCGUUGGCUUGUUGACCCUUUGA